UUUUGCUCUGCAUGUAGUCACUUGUUGAAGACUCUAAAAAGACUUAAAUUUUGGAACGGAGGGAGUACAAAUGAAGGGUGAGAAAAUUCGGAAAGAUAUUGUACAUGACCUGAACAAGCAUUUAGGGUAAGGCUGCAGUUUAAAUUGAAAAGAUAUUUGGGGAUGAUGGUAAGAAAAAUAAUUCUAAGAUCAAGACUCUAAACAUGCACUUGGUGAAUGUUGGUAGCACAUCUACAGUACAGUAGCAGGAGCUGCAGCAACAAAAAAUAAACAAGCCGUCUUACAAAGCAAACAUCAAAUACUGGAUAUAUUUAACAGCGGGUAAUGAAUACUUGAGUAGUUGUACAAGUGCUGACAUAUGCAAGGAUGACUAAUCAACUCAUGAACAAAUAUUAUUAAAUAGUAUGAUGAGUUGAUGACUGCACGGGCUUGAAUGUGUGUAAAUAUUUUGUACAUUCGAAUAGCAGAGCUGGACAUGAGCCACUAUAAAUCAUGACCAGCCUGUGCACGAUUGACCAAACUGAUGUACUCGCUGUUGGAGCAAAGCUGGACUGCACGCCUUUCCACCGUGGCAACUCAAGCGAUUAAAAUUUAGCCUACAAACUGUGCUUGGAAUAAGGACCUUCUGUUCCAACACUCGCUAGCAGAGUCAUUCACGCUAGUUUAUACAGAAGUGCAAAAAGAUCACACUGGUAAGGCCAUCACUACUAAAAAAAUGCAAACAAAGAAAGUACACUGGUAAGGCCAUCACUAUCCCUGGGUAAUCAGUCUGUACGUCUCUCUCACACACGCACGCGCACACAUAUUGAAGCUCAUCCUAAUCAAAUGCAAAUUACAUACAAAUGCACCUAAAGCCUAGACUAGUCAGGAAAACUGCAUAAAAAACACAUGAAAUGGAGAAUUUUGGUUUCAGACAUCAAAAUCAGAAGAGUAUAAAUAUUCAUUGACGUUUCAUGAAGCCUCAAGAAGAGUUGCAGAGUUUCAGUUACUGACGUAAUUGGGGUACUCCUACUAUGUAUUAUUAUGUUUUUUUUAUCUGAGGAGGCCAAAGAUGAAACACAAAAAAUCAAAACUAAAUCUAGAAGGCAAGUGUUGUACAUUUUAAGAAUGUUUUGACUGCCGCACGUGAAUAUUCUAAGUGUGAACUGAAAAUGAUUGGCAUCCCUUCAUGCUACUCAGCUUGUCUUUGUUGAGAUACUAAUCCAGUAUUAAACUAAUCGUGACAGCUGCCUCAAAAGGGACGGGCACCCCUUCAUGCUACUCAGCUUGUCUUCGUUGAGAUAAUAAUCCAGCAUUAAAAUUAAUCAUGGCAGCUUUCAAACAGAGAAGGAACUAAAGCGAAUUAUUAAAGGUGGGCCAAAAUCCUUCGGACCUCAUCCAGCCGCUCCAGAUACCUCAAGCCUUGUAUAUAAAUACACACAGUGUGUGCGUAGUAGACUGCAUCACAACAUCUGUAGUGCACAUCUCUCAGCGAUUGUCUUCACCUUAGCAGAUUCAUCCCAAGAAGCCAUUCACUAGCUCACUGCACAAGCAGUACAACAAGGACAAGUAGCCUUUGCAAGUUUGUCGCCAGUUGCAGAAGUACUCAGACCUUUGUGAGAGAUAUGGAGGGCAGAGAUGAUGUCAAAUCAGAUGAGAUCCUCCUGCCUGGGUUCCGGUUCCAUCCUACCGACGAAGAGCUGGUUAGUUUCUACCUCAAGAAGAAGAUCCAGCAGAAGCCCAUCUCCAUUGAGCUCAUCAUGCAGCAGGACAUCUACAAGUUUGAUCCAUGGGACCUCCCAAAGCUUGCGAGCACCAGCAGUGAGACAGAGUGGUACUUCUACUGCCCAAGGGACUGGAAAUAUCGCAACAGCGCGAGGCCAAACCGGGUCACAGCAGCUGGUUUCUGGAAAGCCACAGGAACAGAUAGGCCGAUUUACUCCUCCGAGGGCACCAGGUGCGUAGGCCUGAAGAAGUCCCUUGUCUUCUACAAAGGCAGAGCGGCAAGAGGGAUCAAAACCGACUGGAUGAUGCAUGAGUUCAGGCUUCCUUCGCUCACCGAUCCAUCACUUCCCAAGAGACCGAUCGACAAGAACAUCCCGCUUAAUGACUCUUGGACCAUAUGCAGAAUUUUCAAGAAGACCGGUUCGAUGGCUGCGCAACGUGCGCUGUCUCAUGCUUGGGGGGCUCCAUUGCCUGGGGCAACUGAGCAACAACAUCUCCUCUCCGCCAUGCAAACGGGGCAAGCUUCACAUUUUGCUUCGGAGAGCUCCACUCGCUCAUUGCAAGUUGCAGCAGUGGCACCAUCAAAUCAGUUCAUAAGUUUCAACUGUGGUCCAUCUCCGCAAGUCUUCAAAGGUCCCACCAUCUUGCCAUUCCAAACACAGGCGCCAUCACACAAGCCCGUGCUGCGCACUGCGCCACCAUCGCUCUUCUUCGAUGCGCACUUUGGGCAGCCUGAGCAGAUCGCUGGAUUUGUGACUGGUUCUUCUGCGGAUGUAAAUGCCAGCAUGAGCUGCAGGGACCAAGAGUCAUCCACAACGAAGCAUGGCGGUAAUUUCAGGAGCAUGAACAAUGAGUGGGAAGCUCCGGGGAGACUCGAUUUCCCAUUCGGUUUAGUAGAAGACUCUUCAGAUGACUGGGAGUGCAACAUACCUUGGGAAUCCUUUCUUAGCCCAACAGUCCCUGCUGAGAUCCCACAGCACUAGAUGCCUAGCCUGCCCUACAAGGAGUGGAAGGUGUGCGCCACCUUCAUCUGUCAGCAUUUCUGUUAGCAAAGGCACCAGCUAUUGUUUGUUUAGUUUUGGAUCAGAUGUACUGUAUAUACUAGUAAGCUAUACCCUUGUUAACAGCAGUGCUAACAGAGAGAAGGAUAUAUACAUACAUACAUUGGGCGUAUCGUGUAUACAUUUUAUUUCAAGGUGGGUGAUGGUGUACAUGGAGUGAAGAGUACUGAACAUAUGAUAAAUCAAUGGAUUAAAUACCCUGAUAAUAGAAAGGUACAACGAUUUGGAACGCUCUAAACUCAAAAGGUCUGUCUCUCACCUGCUAAACAUUUAACUCGAGGCAACUAAACCUUUCAUCACCACCAUCAGGAGUACUUUUCAAUUUUUCAUUGUGUACAAAACAGCAGCGCAACGUCAAUUUCAGAGGAGCUCUACUUUGCGGCUAUCUUGUCUUUGGUUUUCUGAAUUUUCAGGACCUUUUUGGUAAUCUUCUGCUCUUUGACUGAGAAAGCACGAAU